CACAUCCCUCCACCCCUCAUCUCACCACCAGGUAUCACAGUGGAUAAGUAUGGAGUGAUCUUCUUUGUGGACGGGACUAUGAUCAGACGAAUUGACCAGAACGGGAUCAUCUCUACCCUGCUGGGGUUCAAUGACCUGACCUCUGCACGACCUCUCAGCUGUGAUGCUGUCAUGGACAUCUCUCAGGUGCGUCUGGAGUGGCCCACAGACCUGGCUGUCAGUCCCAUGGAUAACUCUCUGUACGUCCUGGAUAACAAUGUGGUACUGCAGAUCUCUGAGAACCACCAGGUGCGUAUCGUGGCAGGGAGGCCCAUGCACUGCCAGGUACCCGGCCUGGAUCACUUCCUGGUCAGCAAGGUGGCCGUCCACGCCACCCUGGUGUCUGCCAACGCUCUCGCCAUCUCUCACAAUGGCAUCCUGUAUAUCUCUGAGUCAGACGAGAAGAAGAUCAACCGUGUGAGACAGGUGUCCACCAACGGAGAGAUUUCAUUGGUGGCCGGGGCGCCCAGCGGCUGUGACUGUAAUAACGACGCUAACUGUGACUGUUACUCCGGCGACGAUGGCUACGCAAAAGAUGCCAAAGUCAACGCCCCGUCGUCAUUGGCUGUCUCCCCCGAUGGUGAACUCUUCAUCGCCGACCUUGGCAACAUCCGUAUUCGUUCCGUCCGACGGAACAAGCCUUACCUGAACCCACUCAGCAUGUACGAGGUCUCCUCCCCCAUUAGCGAUGAACUCUAUCUCUUUGACUCCAAUGGUAGUCACAUCUAUACUCAGAGUCUGACCACUGGGGAUGACCUCUAUAACCUGACCUACUCUGGAGAGGGAGACCUGGCCAGCAUCACCGAUCAGAACAACAACAUAGUGACCAUCAGGAGGGAUACAACAGGCAUGCCUCUGUGGUUGAUGGUGCCUGAUGGACAGACUUUCUGGUUCACCAUUGGGACCAACAACGCCCUGAAAACCAUCGCUGCUCAGGGGCAGGAGCUGGCUAUGAUGACCUAUCACGGGAGCUCCUCGUUACUGGCUACGAAGAGUAACAACAACGGAUGGACCACCUUCUAUGAGUAUGACAGCUAUGGCCGUCUGACCAACGUGACCUACCCUACUGGCCGGGUUAGCAGCUACCGUACAGACACAGACAGCUCCGUCAGGGUGCAGGCAGAGGGCUCCAGCAAGGAAGACAUCACCAUCACCACCAACCUGUCUGCCUCGGGAACCUUCUACAUGCUGAUGCAGGACCAAGUAAGGAACAGUUACUACAUCGGUCUGGACGGCUCUCUGCGUCUGGUGCUGGCCAACGGUAUGGAGGUGUCCCUGCACACGGAGCCCCACCUGCUGGCCGGGACGGUCAACCCUACGGUCAGCAAGAGGAAUGUAACCCUGGCCAUCGACAACGGCCUUAACCUGGUAGAGUGGAGGCAGCGUAAGGAGCAGGCCCGAGGACAGGUGACCGUGUACGGACGACGACUCAGGGUCCACAACAGGAACCUCCUCUCCCUGGACUUUGACCGUAUCACACGUACAGAGAAGGUUUAUGACGACCACAGGAAGUUCACGUUAAGGAUCCACUACGACCACGCCGGACGCCCGACGCUCUGGGCCCCCAGCAGCCGCCUCAAUGGGGUCAACGUCACCUACUCCCCGGGCGGACACGUGUCCGGCAUCCAGCGGGGAACCAUGUCUGUACGCAUGGAGUACGACCAGAAUGGUCGAAUCACGUCGCAGAUCUUUGCCGACGGGAAGUCAUGGACCUACACUUACCUGGAGAAGUCCAUGGUACUACUCCUCCACAGCCAGCGUCAGUACAUCUUUGAGUUCGACAAGAACGACCGCCUCUCCUCUGUGACCAUGCCCAACGUGGCCCGCGUCACCCUGGAGACCACCCGCUCCGUUGGUUACUAUAGGAACACGUACCGCCCCUCGGAGGGGAACGCGUCGGUACUGCAGGACUACAGUGAAGACGGCCAGCUGAUGCAGACUAGCUACCUGGGCACGGGGCGCAGGGUGACGUAUAAGUACGGCAAGCUGGCCAAGCUACUGGAGAUGCUCUAUGAUACGACGCGAGUCGCGUUCACCUACGAUGAGGCAGCGGGGAUGCUGAAGGUGGUGAACCUGCAGACUGAAGGAAUCACCUGCACUAUAAGGUACCGUCAGAUCGGCCCACUCAUCGACAGGCAGAUCUUUAGGUUCAGCGAAGAGGGGAUGGUCAACGCACGCUUCGACUACGUCUAUGACAACAGCUUCCGGGUCACCAGCAUGCAAGCGGUAAUCAACGAGACGCCUCUCCCCAUCGACCUGUAUCGCUACGAUGACGUGUCGGGGAAGACGGAGCAGUUUGGGAAGUUCGGGGUCAUCUACUACGACAUCAACCAGAUAAUCACCACGGCCGUGAUGACACACACCAAACACUUCGAUGCCUACGGCCGCGUGAAGGAAGUCCAGUACGAGAUCUUCAGGUCACUCAUGUACUGGAUGAUGGUGCAGUAUGAUAACAUGGGACGCGUGGUCGCCAAGGAACUCAAGGUGGGUCCGUAUGCCAACACCACUCGGUAUACCUAUGAAUACGACGCUGAUGGGCAGCUCCAGGUAGUGUCCAUCAACGACAAGCCACUGUGGCGUUACAGCUACGACCUGAACGGUAACCUUCACCUGCUGAGCCCCGGGAACAGCGCCCGCCUCACGCCGCUACGUUACGACCUCCGAGACCGCAUCACCAGGCUGGGAGACGUCCAGUACCGCAUGGACGAGGACGGCUUUCUGAAGCAGAGAGGGAAUGAAUUCUUUGAGUACAGCUCCCCUGGACUACUGGUUAAGGUCUACAACCGGGUGAGCGGCUGGACUAUCCGCUACCGGUACGAUGGUCUGGGUCGUAGGGUCUCAUCCAGGUCCAGUCUGGGUCACCACCUCCAGUUCUUCUAUGCUGACCUGUCCAGUCCCACCCGGGUCACUCACAUGUACAACCACACCAGCUCAGAGAUCUCUUCCCUCUACUACGACCUGCAGGGACACCUGUUCUCCAUGGAGCUCAGUAGUGGGGAUGAGUUUUAUGUAGCGUGUGAUACAAUCGGCACGCCGCAGGCCGUCUUCAGUGGCUCUGGCCUGAUGAUCAAGCAGAUCCUCCACACUGCUUUCGGGGAGGUGUACCUGGACUCCAACCCAAGCUUCCACCUCAUCCUGGGGUACCAGGGGGGUCUGUAUGAGCCCCUGAGCCGCCUGGUACACAUGGGCCGGAGGGACUAUGACACCCUGGCCGGGCGAUGGACCACGCCGGACCACGAGGUGUGGAGCAGGCUGAACGCUAACAACAUAGUACCUUUCAACCUGUACAUGUUCAAGAACAACAACCCUCUCAGCAACAGCCUGGAGACCAAGUGUUACAUGACAGAUGUCAACAGUUGGCUGGUGACGUUUGGCUUCCAGCUGUACAACGUUAUACCAGGUUACCGUAAACCCUCUACUGAUACCAUGGAGCCGUCCUACGAGCUAGUCAGAACACAGAUCAACGCUCAGGAGUGGGACAGCACUAAGCCCCUCUGUCUGGGGUACGGGGACCUAGUCCAGCCCCUCUGUCUGGGGUACGGGGACCUAGUCCAGCCCCUCUGUCUGGGGUACGGGGACCUAGUCCAGCCCCUCUGUCUGGGGUACGGGGACCUAGUCCAGCCCCUCUGUCUGGGGUACGGGGACCUAGUCCAGCCCCUCUGUCUGGAGAUGGGGGAACAGGCAGUGAGAAACAGGGUCAUGCCUAAACGGCUCUGGCCCAGUUUUACCCUCCAAGGAGGGUCUUUUCUAUUGUUUUAUUUAUCUUUAUUCAAAAUCUUAACACACCCCCUAUAUAACUCCUUCCCAUUCACCUCGUCCAAACCAACCUCCUCCAAACCCACCUCUUCCAAACCCAUCUCGUCCAAACUCACCUCUUCCAAACCCACCUCGUCCAAACCCACCUCCUCCAAACCCACCUCGUCCAAACUCACCUCUUCCAAACCCCACCUCGUCCAAACCCACCUCGUCCAAACCCACCUCGUCCAAACCCACCUCUUCCAACCCCACCUCGUCCAAACCCACCUCGUCCAACCCACCUCGUCCAAACCCACCUCGUCCAAACCCACCUCGUCCAAUCCCACCUCGUCCAAACCCACCUCGUCCAAACCCACCUCGUCCAAUCCCACCUCUUCCAACCCACCUCUUCCAAACCCACCUCGUCCAAACCCACCUCGUCCAAACCCACCUCUUCCAACCCACCUCUUCCAAACCCACCUCGUCCAAACCCACCUCGUCCAAACCCACCUCGUCCAAUCCCACCUCUUCCAACCCACCUCGUCCAAACCCACCUCAUCCAAACCCACCUCGUCCAAACCCUUCUCAUCCAAACCCACCUCGUCCAAUCCCACCUCGUCCAAUCCCACCUCGUCCAAACCCACCUCGUCCAAACCCACCUCGUCCAAACCCACCUCGUCCAAUCCCACCUCGUCCAAACCCACCUCUUCCAAACCCACCUCGUCCAAACCCACCUCGUCCAAACCCACCUCGUCCAAACCCACCUCUUCCAAACCCACCUCGUCCAACCCACCUGUCCAAACCCACCUCGUCCAAACCCACCUCGUCCAAACCCACCUCGUCCAAACCCACCUCGUCCAAACCCACCUCGUCCAAUCCCACCUCGUCCAAACCCACCUCGUCCAACCCUCUCACAUCCAGCAGUAA